AUGCGGCGUCACAGGGCGGGAGCCCCAACGUUUGCCAGUAAAGCGAACGCGGCUCCAGUCCCUGAUGCCUUGUCGUUGAUCAGGACCUUCAAUUCUGAGACAAAUCCAGCGAGACCCAUUCGACCAUCUCCUCUUACAGCAUCGACUAUCCAUGGCAUACCACUUGACAUGUACGACCGCAUACGAGCAUUUCCCCUCUUUCUUUCUGCUCCCGACGCGUUCCUCGCUGCCAUUGGAAAGCACCUGCGGCCUCAAUCACACGCGCCUCAUGACUACAUUUUAACCGAGGGGGAAGAUGCGAAGGCUAUGUACUGGUUGGUACGUGGAGCAGUGGCUGUCACUUCAAGAGAUGGGGAAAGCACAUACGCUGAGCUGAAACCUGGGGCAUUCUUCGGAGAGAUUGGGAUCCUGAUGUCAAUACCUCGGACGGCCACAAUCGUUGCACGUACCAAGUGUCUGCUUGUAACAUUGAAGAAAGAGGAUCUUACGAAAGAACUCCCCAGAUUUCCCGAGGUCGAGCGAGCUAUCAGAGACGAGGCUUCGGAGAGGUUAUCUAUUCUGAAACGAAAGAAGCAGGAGAAGCUGGCAUCCUCUCAAUCCGAACCACCAGCCACCUUGGGACGAGGGGAGAAAAGAGCGCGGGAUGGCGAAGACGGCGAUAUUGUCAUGCCAGAAGCAGAUGACAGACGGCAGAAUGGGAUACAGACUAACAAGAAACGAAAAUCACCAUCACCAAGCCUAAUUGAUACGACUGUCUCAAGCGCGCUUGGCGAUGGCCUUGUGAACGUCCGACAACUUUUAAAAGAAUUGCCUUUGUUUUCCGAACUACCUCCCGACAUGCUACAUUUCCUAGGCUUGAACGCCCAGCCAUGUACUUACCCGCCAUUUACAGACAUAAUUCAGCAGGAUUCGCAAGGCCGCGAGGUAUUCUUCAUCGUUCGAGGAGAGGUGGAAGUUGUUGAUGAGAAGGCCCCUGGGCAGAAUUUACGCACGCUGGCCAAUGGUGCUGGCCGAAAUAUCAAGCGUGGAACCCAGAUUAAGGCCCGCCUCAAGCAAGGCCAGUAUUUUGGAGAAGUAGUUAGCUUAUCGCUAGCGCCACGGCGAACUGCAACCGUUCGCUCGGUGUCGUCGGUUGAAUGUCUGAUGAUCACCGGUGAGGUUUUAUCGAAUUUUUGGUUGAGGUGCCCUCCAGCCGUGAGACAGCAGGUCGAAAAGACUGCGAGGCAACGGCUGAAGUCUGGCUCAGACGGUGACGUUAUCAUGACUGACGCUGAAGACUCUACGCCUCCUAUCGCACAGCUCGCUAUUGCCGAACGGACCAAACACAAAGGUGCGAGGAAGAAAUCGGUCCCGAAGGUGACAUUCUCACAUACAAAGCUUGAAACACCUCGUAAGCCUAGCCGAAUCGAGGACCGUCCAAUCAUUGAACCUGCUGAUCCUGAUCCAUUCAUGAAUGUGGAUCUCGACAAGUCAUUCUCGAGGUCACGGCGCAGCUCACUCGCUCCACCAUUGACAGAAGGCGAGGAAGGCGAAGGCAAAGAAAAUAUCGACCGCCGAAAUUCACCACCCCAUAUCGUAUCAGCGCCUGCCAAGAAGCUCAAGCAUGCCAUGUCGCCACCUGAGACAAGUGCAAAGCCUAAGCGACCGAACACUUUGCAACGUAGACCGAGCGAGUUCAGCCAGGGUACGCUCCCAGACAGUGUGUUGAUCUCCAUUUUCAAGUAUUUCGAGUUGCACGAUCUUAUGCGUCUUCGUUCGAUCUCGUUGCACUGGUCAAAGCUGCUCAAGGAAACUCCAGAACUCAUACGAGAACUUAAUCUUACGCCUUACAAUCGCAAAGUCACAGAUGAGGUUCUGGUCCACCGUAUAUGCCCUUUCGUCGGUACGAGGCCUCGAGUCAUCGAUAUUAGUAAUUGCUUCCAUAUCAGUGACGAAGGAUUUGCAGCUCUUUCAAAUACCUGCGGCGCGAACGUAACUACGUGGAGGAUGAAGAGUGUCUGGGACAUAACAGCCCAGGCAGUCUUAGAAAUGGCAAACAAAGCUAAAAGCCUCGAGGAGGUGGAUCUGAGCAAUUGCCGUAAGGUCAGCGACAACCUACUUCAACGAGUUGUUGGCUGGGUGGUCCAAGGCAAUCCACAGAACAAUGCGCAUGGACGCCACGCAGCCGCAAGAUCUGUCGGUGCGCCCAUACCUCCCAAUCAACCUCCUCCUGGAACUGUUUUCGGAUGCCCAAAGCUCAGAAUCCUCACUUUAUCCUACUGCAAACAUGUUACGGACCGAUCGAUGGCACAUAUGGCUUAUCAUGCUGCUUCACGGCUUGAGUCAAUUGAUUUGACUCGAUGCACUACCAUCACUGAUCAGGGAUUUCAGCACUGGGGUCAAUUCCAAUUCACGAGGUUGACGAAGCUCUGUCUCGCUGAUUGUACCUAUCUGACGGACAAUGCUAUCGUGUAUCUGACGAAUGCGGCUAAGGGUCUCAAAGACCUUGACUUGUCAUUUUGCUGCGCUCUCUCAGAUACGGCUACCGAGGUCUUGGCCCUUGGCUGUCAGCAACUGAGGAAGCUCAACCUAUCAUUCUGCGGCAGUGCAGUAUCAGACUCGUCACUCCGCAGUAUCGGCCUUCACCUUCUUGAACUGCGUGAUCUUUCUGUCCGAGGAUGUGUUCGAGUCACUGGGGUCGGCGUCGAGGCUGUUGUUGACGGUUGCCACAAGCUCGAAGCGUUUGAUGUUAGUCAGUGCAAAAAUCUCAACAAGUGGCUCGAGAGCGGAGCCAUGGAGAAGUUUGUGCAGCGAGUGAAGUUCGAGACGGUGGCUAAAGGGAGGGCCAAGGUCCAAUGA